CAGCUCGACAAGCAUGCCGACUACCUCUUUAGUGUCCUUCAUAUCCGGUCCUGAGUCGUCCCAGAGCAGGUUUAUGUCUUCAGUAUGUCUGUAAAUGACAUGUCCCGUACCCUGGACAUCCUGCGGCUGUUGUACCCGCACACGCAGACGCUGGAGGAGUUUGUUACAGGCACCGUGUUCAGAGAAGGACAGAGAGUGGAGCUGAUCGAAGAGUCUGACAAACACCGCUUCAAGUCCUUCGUUCAGGGCAUUUUUGUGUGCUUUGACAGGGAACUACAGCAAGUACCAAGCUGCAACCAGAUUUGUACCCUACCUGAACUUUUGGCCUUCGUGCUGAACACCCUCAAAAGAAAAAAGAAAAGGAACGUCUUGGCACAUGGCUACAAUUUGCUGUCUCUCGCUCGGGAAGAACAAGACGCAGACCAAUUCAAAUUCCAAGGAGAUAUCACACAAAGCGCUGCGUACAUCCAUGGAAGUGACCUGUGGAGGAAAGUCUGCAUACGCCUUGGCACAGACAUCACGCGGUACCUGCUGGAGAGCUGUUCUGUGUUUGUAGCCGUCCCGCCGUCGUGUCUUUUCCAGGUGUGUGGCGGUCCUGUCUAUGAUAGAGUAACUAUGACGACUGCCUCCUCUGGGUUUUAUCUUCAGCCUCGGUCUAGGAAACGCAGCAGAGCUCAGUUUGGAAAGAGAAGAGGCGCAGUGGCUGUGAAGGAAAUUCAGAAUCCUACAAAUGGCAAAAAGGGAAGAAGAGAAACAGAAGGGGUGAGGAACAGGAAAAGAAAGAGAGAAGCUGAGCUAAACAAUGAGGACGAUACUAUGAAUGCUUCAGGAAAGAAAAGACGGAUAAGAUUCCCUCAUGAAGUCCAACAGGUUUGCUUUGAAACAGGGAAACAGCAAACAGUGUCACUGGAACUCACACUGUCUGUAAAGCCUUCAGAAAUUGGUGCAACCAGUGCCAAACAGCCUACUGAAAUGCAACCAGCCACACUUCCCCUGGAAGGAGGGCCCAGCUGGAGAUCAGGAACUUUCCCGCCUCUGCCUCCCUCGCAAUGUUUUAUCCGUGCUCUUGGGUUCCUGUAUGGGGGAAAGGGUAUGCGUGGCUUCCUUCUGAAUAGGAAGAAGAGGAGUGCUGGUGGAUCCAGAAGGCUACAGGGAAAAGAUUUAGUUAGAGUUGUGUUUUUUGAAGGAGUGGCUUAUUUAAGCGGCGUGGAGAGAAGGCCAAAGAAACUUCCCAGACGCUUUUUUAACAUGGUCCCCCUGUUCAUCCAGAUGUUGCGUCAGCACAGAAAAUGUCCCUACAGUAGAAUACUGCAGAGGAUGUGCCCGGUGGUGGAGGUCACAGAUGCGGGACAAGGGAAUUUAAGCUCCCUCUUACCUCAGCACUGUGCACCUCACCGGGUUUACCUGUUCGUGAGGGAGUGCCUCUCCGCUGUGAUCCCGCAGGAGCUGUGGGGCUCAGACCACAACCGACUUAUUUUCUGCAGCAGAGUCAGGGACUUCCUGCAAAGUGGGAAGUUUGAGAGGCUCUCAGUGUCUGAACUGAUGUGGAAGAUGAAGGUGAAUGACUGUGACUGGGUGAAGAUGAGUAAAAAAGGCAGGAUCCCGCCCAGCGAGCUCUCAUACCGUACACAAAUCCUGGGUCAGUUCCUGGCUUGGCUUCUGGAUGGCUAUGUUGUUGGCCUGGUUCGAGCCUGUUUCUACGCCACAGAGAGCGUAGGCCAGAAGAAUGCUGUCAGGUUUUACAGACAGGAAGUGUGGGCAAAACUGCAGGACUUGGCCUUCAGAGGUCAUCUCUCUAAGGGUCAGAUGGAGGAGCUGACUCCAGCUCAGGCGGCUACCCUCCCUAAAUCUACCGUCGUCUCCCGCCUCCGUUUCAUUCCUAAGACGGAUGGCAUGAGGCCUAUCACACGAGUCCUAGGAGCAGAUGGCAAAACCAGGAUUUACCAGGCUCGUGUCAGAGACUUGUUAGCCAUGCUGCGGGCCUGUGUGCGCUCCACUCCAUCCCUCCUUGGCUCCACAGUGUGGGGGAUGACGGAUGUUCACAAGGUGCUGUGCUCCAUAGCUCCAGCCCAGAAGGAGAAGCCACAGCCUCUCUAUUUUGUUAAGGUGGACGUGAGUGGAGCUUAUGAAAGUCUGCCUCAUGAUAAACUCAUAGAGGUGAUUGGCCAGGCUCUGUCCCCGGUCACAGAUGAACUCUUCACCAUCCGCAGAUACGCCAAGAUUUGGGCUGAUUCCUACGAGGGCCUGAAGAAGUCCUUCGUUAAACAAGCGGAUUUCCUGGAGGAUAACAUGGGGUCCACUAACAUGAAAGGCUUUGUGACGUCAUUGCAGAAAAGCGGCAGAGUUCAUCACUCCAUACUGGUGGAGCAGAACUUCAGCUCAGAUCUUCACGGCAGAGAUGCGAUGCAGUUUUUCACCCAAAUGCUGACUGGCAGCGUUGUUCAGUUUGGGAAGAAAACGUACCGCCAGUGCAGAGGGAUUCCUCAGGGCUCGGUCGUCUCCAGUCUGCUCUGCUGUCUUUGCUAUGGUCACAUGGAGAACAGCCUGUUUAAAGACAUCACUGGAAAGAAAGGAUGUUUAAUGAGACUGGUGGACGACUUCCUUCUGAUAACACCAGACUUACAGGAAGCUCAAGGUUUUCUCAGGGUCUUGCUGGCUGGGAUACCACAGUACGGUCUCGUGGUUAACCCACAGAAGGUGGUGGUCAAUUUUCAGGUGACUGGGAACUUGGGUUCUUGUCCUGACAUCCGAGUGCUGUCCCCUCGUUGCCUCUUCCCCUGGUGUGGUCUGCUGCUUGACACGCACUCGCUGGAUGUCUACAAAGAUUAUUCAAGCUAUGCAGGUCUGUCUUUGCGCUACAGCCUCACGUUGGGCUCUGUCCACUUAGCUGGACAGCAGAUGAGGAGGAAGCUGAUGGCCAUGCUCAGACUCAAGUUUCAUGCUUUGUUCUUGGACCUGAAGACCAAUUCUCUUCAGACAGUCUACAAGAACAUCUACGAGCUGGUGCUGCUUCAAGCAUGCAGGUUCCAUGUGUGCUCUCAGAGUCUGCCCUUUGGUCAGACAGUUGCUAAGAACCCAGGCUUCUUCCUUCAGAUGAUAUGGGACAUGGCCCAGUACGCAAAUCAUCUCAUCAGGAUCAGCAACAAAGGACUGAGUUUAGGCAGUAAGGCCCAAACCGGCAUUCUGCAGUAUGAAGCAGUGGAGUUGCUGUUCUGUCUCUCCUUCCUGUUGGUGCUGUCACCACACCGAACUCUCUACAAGAGUCUUCUCCCACACCUGCACAAACGGAAGCGCCAUCUGGAGCGACGUUUGGGGGAUCUGAGGCUGGCCAGGGUCAGACAGGCGAAUACUCCCAGUAUCCCGCUUGAUUUCUUUGCCAUGCAGGUGUAGAGCAGCGGCUUUGUCCUUGUCUGUCUUCAACUACAACAGCAAAACUCAGCUCAAAGGUGAGUUUAGCCCAGCUUUGCUAGAAUGUGUAUGUUGUUGUAUGAUGUUUUGAAAGUGAACCCUUGAUUUGAAACCAGGACAUGUUACAGAACAGUUUUCACCUUUUCUUCAGGUUUCAAGGAAGUGGAAAAGAACAGCGUGUUUAAAUCUUGUGGAUCUAUUUGACCUAACCUGUCAGUGUGCCAGUUUUUUUUUUUUUAAAUUAUACACUGACGGGAAAGCUGGCCUUAGUUAACUGAUAAAAAACAUCCAAGUGAUAAACCUGUGCCAUAAGCUCUCCCUAUAAAACAGCAGUCACCAGUUUAGUAAAGAUGGAUAAAUGAUAAUCAUCCUGUUACUGUGCCAGACACCCUCUCAUCCCACAGCUGUUUGACUAUCUGAACUUUGAUUUAUGCUGUUGUUUUCCACUAAAACACAUGACUGAAUCUGGAAAAUAGCCUUUAUGUAUCCUGAUAAGAUCAGUCUAUGAGCAGCAGGAAUCUCAGCAUCUAAGACAGAGAUGAUCUGUGACUCUGGAAAUGAGUGUGAGUGUUUCCAAUAAAAGUUUCUAUGAAUCAGAGACAGCUGUGUGUUUCAGUAUUGUGUUAUGUUGAAUCUUCAAUAAAUCUUCACCAAAUAAAUCUGCACUUCUACUGAGUGGUUCAGUACAGCAGGGGUUCUCAACCCUCUCAGGCUGUGGCCCCCCAAAAUAAAGGUGCCAGAGACCGGGACCCUCAGUGUACCUGAAGGUGGUUUGAACACAGCCAUGAACAUUCAAGAACAGUCCUGUGGAGACAAGGACGUCCAUGAGGGGGGAAAAGGAGAGAGCUUUCUAGGGCCCAGCCAAACUGGGGGAAUUAUAAAGUUACGCUGUGAUAUCUUCGGUUUUUUUAUGAACAAUAACGACUCUCAUCAAAGCAACAAAAACCUUUUUUUGAUCCGUUUUUGCUGUAGUAUAAAGACAUCUGAAAAAUGUGAAUCCCUUUUCUUAAACAGAAUAAAAAUGGG